AUGUGUCUGGUUGGCCUGGUUAGCCAGUUGCAGGGCGGCGCGCUCCCUGCAGGAGCGCCAGUACCUGUGUCGGGAGGCGCGCAGCGAGCUGAGCUGCGGCGUGCGACGGCCGGGCCCCCCUGGCGUCCGCCGACUACUGACGGCGGCGCCCGGGCCCGCGCUUGCAGGCGCCGCCCCUCUGCCAGGGGCGCGGCGGCGUCUGCGCAUGCGCGGGCGUCGCCGCGAGCGCGGGUCGAUGGGGAGCGCUCCGGCCCCCGGCCGCCGCCCACGCCGCGGCGCUGGUCGAUGGUGCUGCGCGACGUGGCUGCGCGCCGCAGCGCGCGCGCCGCCGGCGCCGACGCGCCCCUGCCCCCGCCCCCGCCCCCGCCCCCACCCGCGCCGGCGACCCCGCCCGGUGGUGCGAUCUGUGAGGUGAGCAGCAGCACGCGCGCGCGCGCUCAGCAUCUGUUCCCCGGCCGGGUCUCCCGGGAUGGGCGGCUCCUCCGGCCUUGA